AUGGCUAACCUAACCUUAGAUUUAGAUGAAGAUUUAUUAAAAGAUGAAAACUUGGUACAAUCUAUUAAAAAUUUGGACCAUUCAAUUGUUGAAAUUCAGAAUGUUCUUGAAUCACGAUUAAGUGUGGAUUAUUCUUCCCUUACUGUAGAGGAAAAAAUCAAACAUGAUCUGUCGAUCACUUUUGCUCUAAAUGGUUUAUAUUGGAUGUACUUGCGAUGUGAGGGCACUGAUCCAACUAAUCACAACGUCAAAAGUGAACUAGAUCGAAUCAAGGCUGUUAUGCAGACGGCCAAAGUAGCCUUGAACAAAAAGAAUAUGCCAAAAUUAGAUAAAGAAGCCACUAGUAGAUUUGUUGGACAUGCUCUUUGGGAUUCUGAUAACAAAAAACGAAGAUCGCAAGAGGCAGGAUUGCAGAAUAAAAGAGUAAAAUUUGAUGAUAAUGGUGAUCCAACAAGUUGUUAA